AGGCAGCUCGGGGUGGGCAGGAUGGUGGCGGGAGGUAGCGAAGGCUACUCGGGGAGGGCGGAUGGCGGCGCGGUGGCGGCGUGGCUAAGGCAACUUGGGGCGGCAAGUGAGCGCCGUCAGGAUGGUGCAGUGCUGCCGGCACGUGCCUCAUCCUCGUCGUUGGCAUCCGUGCGCGCGAGAGAGAGGUGUGAGAGGGGAAAGAGAGAGAGGUGAGAGAUCUGACGGGUGGGCCCCAUCGAUUAUUUGAUAAAAGAAUUGUUGACUGAACUACCACGUAGGACCAAAACCGCUCUCAAAGCUAUUUGAGGGGGGUUUUCAUCCAAUAUUAAUAGUUGAGGGUGAAAGUUAUCUUAUUUUUGAGUUUAAGGGGUAAUUCGUACUCACCUAAUAACUUAGGGGCAUAAUUCGAGUAUGGACCAGUGAAGUGAAGUCACUCGCGGAGAUGCAAGUAUUAUAGGAGUAGAAGCAAAGCUCGAUCGCUCUGCAGCUAGCCACGAGCACACAACCCUGACCUGUUCUGCGGCGAGACCAUGGCGUCGCAACCGGCCGCUCACGCCGCUGGCCUCCGCGUCCUCCGCACAACGCGCGUCGCGCCAGCGCCGCCCGCCGGCGAGCCCUCGCUGCCCGAGCGAGCCCUGCCUCUCAUCUUCAUGGACGCGGGGUGGCUCCACGCCCAGCCCGUCGAGCGCGUCUUCUUCUACCGCCUCGGCCCCUGCGACGACGACGAUGUCGACGCUGUGCUGUCCCGGAUGGAGGAGUCGCUACCCCGGGCGAUCCACGCCUUCUACCCGCUCGCCGGCCGCGUCCGCCCAACGCCCGGCGAGACCAACCGGUACGAGCUCCUCUACCAGCCCGGCGACGGCGUGGCGUUCACUGUCGCCGAGCACGACGGCGUCGGAGUCGGCGUCGACGAGCUCGCCACGGACGAGCCGAGGGAGCUCGCCAAGAUCGCGUCGUUCGUCCCGGAGCUUCCCGAGGGCGGCGCGGUGCUCGCGCUGCAGGUGACCGUGCUGCCGCCCAACCGCCGUGGUCUCGCUGUCGGCAUCAUCGUCCACCACUCCGCCUGCGACGGGGUGGGCUCGACGCACUUCCUCCACACCUGGGCCGCUGCCUGCGCCGGCGACCGGAUGCUCCCAGAGCCGCCUGUGAUCGACCGCACGCUCAUCCGUGACCUACCGAACAUGCACGACGAGAUCACCUCAUCCACGAACGAAGCCAAAGAUCUGUUCAAAGCGCCCGACGCCGGCAAGCUCCUCGACGUCCUCGCCACUUUCACCCUGUCCAAAGAGCUCCUGCAGGGCGUCAAGGACGCCGUCGCCAGCGAGGCCGCACGUCGCGGCGUGCCGCCGCCUCGGUGCACGUCCCACGUGGCCAUGUACGGCCUCAUGUGGCACUGCUACCGCCGGGCCAGACGGGACGACGGCGGCCGUGCCGCCGCCGCCGCCCAUUUCAUCUUCGCCGUCGACCACCGGUCGCGGCUGGUGCCCCGCGUCCCCGACAACUACCUCGGCAACUGCGUCGGCCCGGGCUUCGCCUCGGCGCCCGAGGAGGAGCUCGCCGUCGCCGACGCCGCGGGCGGCGUCUUCACGGCCUGCGCCACGGUCGCCGCCGCCAUCGACGAGGCGGUGCGCGGCGAGCUCGCGUACUGGGAGGGGUGGACGGAGCGCGUCGUGGAGGCGUGCAGGGACGACGCGCCGUUCUCUGUGGCCGGGUCGACGAGGUUCCGCGUGUACGACGUCGACUUCGGGUUCGGGAGGCCGGCGAAGGUGGAGAUCGUGUCCGUGGCGAAGACCGGCGCGGUGUCGGUGGCGGAGGAUCGUUCCGGCGCCGGCGGCAUCGAGGUUGGCAUAGCUCUGCCGCCGGAGCGCAUGGACAGGUUCCGGAGAUGCCUCGCCGACGCCAUUGCUUGGCUUUCCUCGUCUUCCCAAUGCAACUAUCGUGGGAAAACUGCAGUACGUGGAGUAGAUUUCAUCAGAGAUUCGGUUUUCAUGUCUGUUUGCUGGCUUAUACUCUCUCUCUCUAAAAAAUAAUAAUAAUAAACCCUAGGGAUGGAUCGGCACAUGUACUUAGAUUCAUUCGAUCAAUUCUUUUUUAAGGACGGAAGGAGUAAGUCGAAAUAAAAUUUAAAACUUUUUAAUUUAAUUUUAGUGAUUGUAUUUUCAUCCCUUCUGGAGUACUUUUAAACUGCUGGUAAUAAUUAUUUACAUAAAAAUUAUUUUUGCUGCCUUGUUAAUUUUUUUAUAGCUUAUUUUGUUGCUCAACCGAUCAGACAAUUUUGAAUGGCAUUUCAUUUGAAAGUGGAUUUUAAACUCUCAAGGGGAUGUCUUUUCAUUGUUUGCAUGACACUUAGAAUAGUUAUAAAAUUAUUAUAAAAAUUGAGAAGAUGUAUUAACAUGAGAUAUAUCGCUUUAGAAACAUGUAAGGUAAAAUUCUACUUUUAUAAGUUGCAAUAAGAAAAAAUAAAUUAAAGAUAGUUAACGUAUAUUCAGAGUCAAUUUUUUUUUGCAACGUGUUAAAGUGAGAAAUUUAACUUGCAUGUCUGUAGAGGGAUCUAACACAUAUUAAUCUAUAUUAUUAAUUUCUUUUUCAAAUUUUUCAUAGUCAUUUGAGUGACAUACAACAAUGAGUGGAUGUCACCUUGAGAGUUUAGAAUAGUAUCACUAUUUUAUUUGUCCUAGGAUGUGUUCUUAACUCAAGGUUCCCAACAUCAAUUCUCUCAUUACCCACACGCACGAAUCCUGAACUACUAAACAUAAUGUUUAUUUAAAAAAAUUCUUUAGAAAAAGAUGCUGUAAAAAAUCAUAUCAAUUUAAUUUUUAAACUAUUGUGUUAAUACUUAAUUAAUUAUGUAUUAUUUUGUCAUUUUGUUUUACGUGUGAAGGGGAGAGAUUUCCAAACCAAUCCAAAUGGACACACCCUAAAUGUAAAGAAGUGAGUUUCGUGUUGGGAUUUUACUCCAGCAUAGCUCAAGCUACUCCCUUCGUUCGGAUUAGAUACAUAUAACAAAUUUGGAUAAGUUUGUUUAAAUUGUUGUACUAAAAUAUAUUCCAUCCCGUUCUAACUUGUAAUAUUUUGAGACAGGACUAGUACAUGGUAAGCUUGGUAAUAUGCAAGACCAAUAUAUAUAUUUAUUUAUGCUUAUGCUUCUAAUACUACGUCCUUUAAAUACUUGUAAGCUAUUGUAUUUGUAUUUACUGCUACAUCUGUUUUAAAAUAUAUAACUUUUACUUACGAAUCUGGUUUUAAAUUUUUAUAUUUUAGAUAGAAGGAAUAAUGUUUAUGAUUAGCAAAUGAUAAAUCGGCAAAUGUAUAUGUCAGAACACUAAAAUUCGUAAAGGAAAUAUGAAUAAGCCAAAGCUCUUAAUGAGUUUAUUAACCCGCUUGAGUUAACUUGCGAGCCAGAACCAACCUAGACUUUUAGCGCACUAUAUUAAGCCGAGCCUAGCAACUUGUGUUGAUGUAAAAACACGAGGCCUGAAAGAUCUGCUUAACUUCAGUGCAGGUCCAAAAAUCUUGUCUUUAGAUUUGUGAGCAUGCCAGUUGAUU